AUGUCUACCAAAUUACUCGACAUAAUACUACUAAUCCUAUUACACAUCCAUGUGCUGACCCACACGUACGUAGAGUGCGGUCAAAAAAAGCAGGUAAUAGUGAUCAAGCAAAAGGCCGCCCCCUGUGUUCCCAAAGUGAUUGUCGUGCCUCAAGUGAAGUACGUGAAAGUGUUGGGUCCUAAGCCCAAAGAGAAAGUGAUCGUGGUGAAAGGGCCCCCGAAAAAGCCCAAAGUGAUUGUGGUCAAACAGCCGGCACCACCACCACCGCCCGCAAAGACUAUUGUGGUUAAGCAACCGCCACCGCCUGCACCUCCUGGUAAACUAAUCAUGGUCAAACAAAAAGUACCUGUCCCCGUGCACAUACCUGUGCCCACUCACAAGCCAGAGUGCAACUAUGGCUCAUAUCAGGGCCGGUGUGUCAUCUGCGGUGGUCCCGGGGUUAGUGACGCCUACUAUUGCAAGGAGUGUACGAUUCAGGAGAAGGACAGGGAUGGCUGUCCCAAGAUUGUCAACUUGGGCUCCAGUAAAACGGAUCUCUUUUAUGAGCGCAAGAAGUAUGGCUUCAAAAAGAGGUGA